CCUGUUCUUCAUUCAAAAAACACUAAUCUUUUAAAAUCAAAAUGUCUUGGAUACCUAAUAAUUAUACUGGAGCCUGUCAAGCGGAAGUAUUAACUUUUUACGCGUUAUUGACACAAUAUCUUGGAUUUUCCUAUGACGCGAAGUUCAUUGAACCAACAGAUCAUCAAGAUCAAUACGAUUUCAUCAUCGUUGGUGCUGGAAGUGCUGGUUGUGUUGUUGCUAAUCGAUUGAGCGAGAUUGCGAACUGGAAGAUAUUACUAUUAGAAACUGGUGACGAGGAACCUGCGAUAACGGGUAUUCCAGGAUUAUGGCCAAUUUUGAGGACAAGUAGCAUAACAUAUGGUUACACAAGUCAACCAGAACCUGUGAUAUGUAGUGCUGAUAAAGACAGAUCAUGUAGUUUAGUUCGGGGAAAAGUCAUGGGUGGAUCAAGUUCUAUCAACGACAUGGUUUAUUCCCGUGGCAAUAAGCAAGACUUUGACGACUGGCAGAACCUUGGAAAUGAAGGUUGGAGCUUCGACAGUGUUUUGAAGUACUUCAAAAAAUCCGAGGAUAUCAGAAUUCCCGAUGCAGAUUUAAAAUACCACGCUACUGGUGGUUAUGUUAAGGUUGAAGAAUUUCCUUAUAUUAACAAAUACAGCGACGUAAUUAUAUCAGCGUGGAAAGAGCUUGGCUUGAACGAAAUCGAUUACAAUACCGGAUUUCAAAUCGGCACUGCAAAACAACAAUACACUUCUAUUCGUGGUAGUCGUUUAAGUAGUAAUGGAGCUUUUUUAAGACCUAUUCGCGGUAGAAGACCUAAUCUAACCGUCUCGCCAAACUCUCGUGUAACUCGGAUAAUUAUAGAUCCAGUGACGAGAACUGCAACUGGAGUGGAGUAUCUCGAUUUGAAGACAAACAAGAUGAAGAAAGUCAAAGUAAGUAAGGAAGUGAUUUUAUCAGCUGGUGCCUUUGAUUCUCCAAAGCUAUUGAUGUUGUCUGGUAUAGGACCAGCUGAUCAUCUUCGAGAAGCAAAUAUCGAUAUAAUUCAAGAUGCUCCAGUUGGACGUAAUUUGCACGAGCACACCAUUGUGCUGCCUUUUACUUUUGACCUGAAAAAUGAAUCUAAAACUAUGUUUAAUUUACCUAGGAUUCAGAACGAUUUGAUGUAUUGGAUGAGUACCCACGAAGGUAGACUGGCUGCUACUGGAAUGCAAACGACAAUUGCCUUCUUACAAACAUCUUUUGAGAAACGCCAUGGUGUUCCUGAUGUUCAAAUUGGUUUUGCCGGAACCUUAUCCGAUAACAAAUGUGCAAGUGGGAUUUCGUCAAUCGCUACGUCAUAUUUUAAUCGAGUAGGCAUGUAUGUUGUUCUUGUAAAGCCUACGAGUCGUGGUUAUGUGAGGUUGAAUUCCACAGACCCACUGUGGAGUCAGCCAUUGAUUUUUCUCAACAGUUUAGUCGAAUCCGAUGACGUUGAAAGAUUUAUCGAAGGAAUGUUACAUGCUCGAAAAAUCAUCAAAACUCAAUCGUUCAAAACCCAUGGUUUUAUCAAAGUGAAAAACGAACCGUGCGGAAAUUUCAACGACAGUACGAGAGAGUACUUCGAAUGUUUAAUUAAAAAGACAUCGUGGACGAGUUAUCAUCCUGUGGGGUCAUGCAAAAUGGGUCCUAAAUCUGACGAGGAUGCCGUGAUUGAUGUGAGACUCAAAGUUUAUGGUAUCAAUGGAUUGAGGGUUAUCGAUGCCUCGGUAAUGCCCGCAAUUACGAGAGGUGGCAUCAAUGCGGUUGUAAUGAUGAUUGGCGAGAAAGGCAGUGACAUGAUUAAGGAAGAUUGGAUGACCGAUGCUGAUUGGGUGUAUGGAUAACUUCAAUAAGUGUGGUUUCACUUGUUUUGUGAUUAUAAUUAUUGGUUGUAAUUACUUUGAAUAAGUACAAAAUAUAGAAAUUUUUCAAAAGAAGCUUUAUUUCCAGAAUUGA